AUUGCACCUGCAUUUUUCGUCUGUUUGUUUGUAUAUUUAGAACCCAAGUUGGGAAAUAAAUAUCCAAACAAUAAACAAUGUCCAUCCAAUCAUCUUCUCUUGGUGUGCAUCCAUUUUCAUAAGCCCCACCUUACCCCAUCAUCAUAUACUCCACCAAACUAUUAGUUAUUUCUUCUCUUUCUCUCUCUUUUUCUUUCUUUCUUUCUUUCUUUCUUUCUCUGGUUUUGUUAUAAUUUGUGGGUUUUCUUUUGGUUGGUUAGUUUUAGAAACUGAGCUUUGUCUGGUCGGAAAUGGGCAGGAAGUGCUCACAUUGCGGGAACAUUGGACAUAAUUCAAGAACAUGCACUAACUACAGAGGAACUGCUGUUGUUGGUGGUGCAGGUGGACUUAGGCUUUUUGGAGUGCAAUUUGACCUAUCUACUUCUUCUUCUUCUUCUUCACUUUCUAUGAAAAAGAGUUUUAGCAUGGACUGUCUGUCUUCUUCUUCUUCUUCUUCUCCAUCUUCUUCUUUAUGUUCUUCUCGACUUUCUAAUGUUGAUGACAAUAAUCCUGAUAGAACUUCUACUGGCUAUCUUUCGGAUGGCCUCCUUGGUCGUGUCCAAGAAAGAAAAAAGGGAGUUCCAUGGACAGAAGAGGAGCAUCGAACUUUUCUAAUCGGGCUUGAGAAGCUAGGAAAGGGAGACUGGAGAGGCAUAUCAAAAAACUUCGUGACCACAAGAACACCAACCCAAGUUGCUAGUCAUGCUCAGAAGUAUUUUCUUCGACUUGCCAGCCUCAACAAGAAGAAGCGGCGCUCCAGCCUUUUCGACAUGGUACGGAGCAGCAGCAGCAGAAGUAGCCAUCCAGUGACUGAUAAUUCUAAAUGUAACAAGUUAAGUGAUCAUCAUGUUCCUAGUCAAUUCAAGCCAACUGGUACUAAAUAUGCAAUACAAAAUGACGCUAUUCUGCCUUGUGUAGUAGGCCUUAACUCCUGUAAACAAGCUGUGAACACUACCACUGAUGUUAACCAAGAAACUGACUGUCAUCAUCAUCAUCGAUUAUCCUCAUGCCAUCAUUUCCUGCCCCUUCCAAAACCUUCAAAGACAUCACAACCAAUGUCUUCUUCAAAUGUUGUAGCUCCUGAUGAUCUGGAACUCACUCUUGCAAGUCCAACUUCUUUGGAAGGGAAAAAACCAUCAACAAAAUCUUUCCUUAUUUCCAUAAAGGCUACCUAGCUAAUUCAACCAAUCCAUAUCAUCAUAUGCAUCAAGAGCAAUAAUUUUGAUAUCAUCAUCCAAGCUGAAGAGGGACCAUAUAUCUAUAUCUAUAUAUAUGACAUCACUGUUAUUAGCUAUAUUAUAAUUAAUUCCCGGUGUAGCUGGUCAGCAUAUGUUAAUAGAGAUCGUUUCUAAAUUUCUCCUUUUCUUCUCAGAUUUUCUUCUUGGAAAUUAAAUAAGCACAUCUGUUUAUGUAUGCAGCUAUAUACAAGUUAACAAUUAUCAGUUCGCACCUA